AGCUGGUUUACAAAGUCGCUGUUCUUAAUCCACAAUGAAUGUUUGUCCCCACCAGAAUCUGCAAUGGGCGACUGCGUGGAGGAGCCACUCUCCUCGGUUGCCCCCGCCUCCCCACAAGAAUCUGCACUGGGCGACUGCUUCGAGGAGCCACUCUCCUUGGUUGCCCCCGCCUCCCUACAAGAAUCUGCAAUGGGCGACUGCGUGGAGGAGCCACUCUCCUCGGUUGCCCCCGCCUCCCCACAAGGACCCAGCAAACGAGAAACCAUGACACCUGAGCUUUGCAAGAUGCUGCAGUCUCAAGACCUCAAGAUUGCAAGGCUGCAGCAAGAGGUUUUGAGGCUGCAGGCAGAGAAUGCCCGCCUCAAUAGAGAAGUGAACGACCUGCUGUCCAGGCAGCUCACACUAAACAUGAUCUGUAAAAGCAAGAAAGACUAUUUCUGA